AUGAAAUGGACGACAGCGGGGGAGACGGUGACCGGUGAUGGCAGCCGUCUCAGGGGAUCAAAGAGGCUCAAGACAACGACGCCAGCGACAGCACAAGCUCCACAGCACGGCCAACGGUGCAAUCCGAAACCAACAAGAAAUCAGUCUAUGAUGAAGGCACCAUGUAAGAGGAGCCAGAAGCUGGGGGACAAAAUCACGGCGCUUCAGCAGCUCGUGUCUGCCGAGGCCGCGUUCCGCCACCGCAACGCGGCCUUUACGGAGGAUCACUGGCGCUGCCUCAGCACUCUGUAG